CCUUUCCGAGAAGAGUCCAAAGAAGAGCCUGCGCGCAAUAUUUUAGUCUUUUUUUCCUCAGCCAUUUGUCUUUUCUCUUCACCGUACACUCCAGACGGGCCGGCGCGGCGGGAGAGAGAAGGAAUAGACAAGCAUCUGGGCUCCUUCGCUAGUCUGAGGAACGGUCGAAAAUGGGACUGGUUAUUACCCGGACUUGUUUGACUGCCGCUCUUCCUUUUUCUCUCUCCAUCGAGGGACGGGUAGUUCUCUGCCGGGGUCUGCUUAGGCUGUCGGCGCCGACCUACCAUGCCACAAAACGAAUAUAUAGAGUUACAUCGGAAGCGAUAUGGUUAUCGCUUGGAUUACCAUGAGAAGAAAAGGAAGAAAGAGGGUCGUGAGGCUCAUGAGCGCUCAAAGAAAGCCAAGAAAAUGAUUGGAUUAAAAGCUAAACUGUAUCAUAAACAACGUCAUGCGGAGAAAAUACAGAUGAAAAAGACUAUUAAGAUGCAUGAAAAGAGAAACAGCAAGCAGAAGAAUGAUGACAAGACCCCAGAAGGCGCUGUACCAGCAUACCUGCUGGAUAGGGAGAGCCAGUCCCGAGCAAAAGUUCUUUCCAACAUGAUCAAACAGAAACGAAAAGAAAAAGCUGGGAAAUGGGAGGUUCCUGUACCCAAAGUCCGGGCCCAGGGAGAAACAGAAGUGCUGAAAGUGAUUCGUACAGGAAAGCGAAAGAAGAAGGCUUGGAAAAGAAUGGUUACAAAAGUGUGUUUUGUUGGGGAUGGCUUUACCAGAAAACCUCCAAAAUAUGAACGCUUCAUUCGACCAAUGGGUUUGCGAUUUAAGAAGGCCCAUGUAACACAUCCUGAACUUAAAGCCACGUUUUGUCUACCUAUCCUUGGUGUAAAAAAGAAUCCUUCUUCUCCUCUGUACACUUCUUUGGGGGUAAUCACAAAAGGGACAGUCAUCGAGGUGAACGUGAGUGAGCUUGGUCUCGUCACCCAAGGGGGCAAAGUAAUCUGGGGAAAAUAUGCACAAGUAACCAAUAAUCCAGAAAACGAUGGGUGCAUUAAUGCAGUUCUGCUUGUAUAGUGACACUGCAGUUAUGGAUGUGCAAGUGCCUCUGCAUUCUACAGAUAAAAUAAUCUGUGUCAGAGCAGCAACCUCUGAAGGCAAAGAACUGUUGCAGAAGUGGCUUUUCUCCAAAUAUUACCAAAAAUAAAGGAAUAAACCUGGAUUGAAACUGAA